AAAAAUUAGACUCAAUAAAUAAAAUGUGGAGUUAGUCGAAUUUCAUUUAGAAAUACAUGCGUCAUUUAAUUUCUAACUGUAGCCAUCACUCCUUGUCACGUUUUCCUUCUCUUUUGCGAAUGUAAACAUAAACCAGCUAAGUUGGAGGGGUAUUUUUUUACAAAUUAUUCUUUUUUAUAUUCUCUUAACAGUUCAAUGACUUAUUGGCUGUAUAUAAGUGCUGCUGCUGCUAUAGCAAUCGCUGGAACAUAUAUAUUGUGGGGCCCAUCUAAUCGACCAAAGCAGAAAAAGAAAAAUUCGGUUCCUGGUUUGCUAAAUUUGGGAAACUCUUGUUUUCUAAAUGCUGUGUUACAAGCUCUUGCUUCUUGUUCGUCUUGUACUAGCUGGUUGUUGAAAGCUGUAGAAUAUGCUGAAGAACAACAAAACAAAGAUUGCUUUCUUAUAAAAUCAGUUUUGGCCGUUUUAUCUGCUUUAAAUCGAAGUGAUGAUAACUGUAGUGGAGCUGAAGUCAUUAAAGCACUGAGAUCUCACAGAUGGAUUAUUUCUCAUGAAGAACAUGAUGCCCAUGAACUUUUUCAUGUUUUAACUACAACUGUAGAAGAAGAACUUGUAGCUUUAAAUCCUGUUACAUCUCUUUUAGACACUAAAAAGCUAGAGAAUGAGAAUUCUGAUCUUUCAUCUGAACCUCAAAAAACUUUUGUUUCAACUCCAAAGACUUUACCAGUGAGGCUUGCAUUUCCAAUGCGGGGUUUAUUGGUUAAUGAGUUAAAGUGCAAUUCUUGUAAUUUUAAACAUCCAGCAAGAUAUGAUUCCUUUGAUAGCAUUACUUUAACUAUUCCAACACCAAAUAACGGAAAACUUACUUUGCAUGAUUUAUUGCUGAAGUUCAUAUCAUGUGAACUCAUUCAAGAUGUUGUUUGUGAAACUUGUCCAAAGAGUGAUCCUCCAGCUGAUAAUGGAGACCAGACAGUGAAAACGACAUUUACACAACAAGUUAGUUUUGGAAAAUUGCCAGAAUGCUUAUGUAUUCACAUUCAAAGAACAGUUUGGCUAAAGAAUGGACUGUCAGUGAAAUGCCAUGAUAAAGUUUCUUUCCCAGAAGUACUUAUAAUGGAUUAUUUCGUCCACAGUCAUUCACAAAAAGACAAACAGCUUGGUGCAAGCUACUCAAGAUUGAGACUUACUGGUGGUAAUUCUUCAAAAAGUAGUCAAAGUUCUGCAAGUAUACACCCUCCUUCAGAAGCAACUGCCAAACUUUCUACUGAUUUAAGUGGAUCUUUGAAAAAUGUUUUCCCAUUGAAUUUAUCCAACAAAGAACUGAUGAGCUCCUAUAAGUAUAUGUACUUGCUAAAAGCUGUGAUUGUACAUCUUGGGGGUGUUUCUUCUGGACAUUUUAUUACCUACAGGCGAGUAGGUGCUAAUAAACAAAAUGAAAAAUGGUUUUAUACAUCUGAUUUAGAAGUAAAAGAAGUGCCAUUUUCUGAAGUAUCUGCAGCUUGUGCAUAUAUGUUGUUCUAUGAAAAAAUGCGAUAAAUUAAAAGGAAGUCACUUUUUCAAACUAUAGAGCUUUUUACAGUACUAGAUAUACUAUUUAUUCAAGAUUCUGGAACAGUCAUCGAACAAAAAUAUUGUUUUUGUAACAAAAAAAGACACCAAAUUGUUAAAUAAUAUUUUAUUGAUGAAUUUAUUACUUGUUUCAUGAAUAUAUUACUUUUUUGAAUAAUCUGACAAGUGACUUAAAAAGGAGUGACUUUGGAAAAACAUUUGUACAUAAUAUUCUGAUCUAAAUAUUUUAGACGGUUGUUUUAAAUGUUGUUUGUUUCAUGUAUUUUGAAUUUUGUUCAUUUUUGUUUAUAUCACUCUGUUUGUAAAAAUAUGUAUGUUAUCCAAAAUAAAUAUUUCAAUAUGUUAACAUAUCACACUUAUUACGUAAAAAAAAGGUGAAAAUUGACUUUUCUUUUACUAAAGAGCAUUCUUAUAUUAGUUAUAUAUUUUUAAAAAAAUUCUGUCAUAUUGAAUUUUUAUUCAGUUAUAUUUAUUUUAAGCAUUUCUUUCCUGCUGUAAAUGUUAAAAAGAAAGAAAAAAGUAAUUUUUUUUAAUGCUUUGAACAAAUGUUAAUGAGUAUAGUCAUUUUUUCUUUUUUACACUUGUUAAAUGUACAUAAAUGUUGUUUAUAUUAAACAAUGAAUUUUUAAAAAUGUUGUAAGUGAUAUAAGGAAAUAGACAAGAUUAUAUGUUUUCUAUUUAAUACCAAUUUAAAAUUUAAUUUCUGAAGUGUUUGAUUCAAUUCAUUAAAAAAAAAAUUCUUGUAUUUUCAUCAUUGUAUUUUAUUCUAUUUUGUUUUUUGCAUCUAAAAUUUUUGUCCAUAAAUUCUUAUAUCUUAAUUGGUUCCUUCCAGUAUUUUCGUUGUUAUAAAUGAUUUAACAUAGAUUCAAAGCUCUAUAAAUUAUGGUAUUUUUAUUACUAACAAAAAGAUAAAAUUAAGGGGUAUGUUUAUUUUUGUAAACAUCAUAUUAUCAAUUUCAACGCAAUUGCAGUACUUUGUUUACCUUUAGGUUUAAAGCAUAUUUAUAGCAUUAAAUUUAAUACGUUAUUAAAAGUUAUAUAGGUCUUUUAAUAGUUUAAAUCUUUUCUUUAUUAAUUGAUUAGGAAGAAUAUCUAAAUAUAAUUAAGAAGAGUAUAUCUAAAUUCUUUUCAUUAAAUGAGAUUGUUUCAUUGUGUUCAUUUACAUGUAAUUAUUAACAUAACUGCAUUUUUUUAUUGCAAAUUUUCUCCUCUGUUUAUGGGUCUACUUAAUAUAAAGUUUAUCAUAAAAAGAAUAUGAUUUUAUUUAUUACAUUCUUGACUAUCUUGUUCAAGUGGUAAUUUGGAAAGCAUUUUAUUUGAAAUUAUUUCAUUGUAUUCAAAGAAAAACAAUUUGUUCAUUUGAAUAGAAUUUUGCAAUAAAUUCGCAAAUCUUAAUAUAUUAUUCAAAUUUUGAAUCUUAAUAUAUUAUUCAAAGUGUAGGAUGCUAAAUGUUAUUUUCAUAGGCAACAAAAAAGUUCUCUCCUUGUUUACAUCAGGAAAGAAUCUUAACAUAGAAAAGUUUAUUUGAAAAAGAGAAAAUAAUAUUUCUUUUAUCUGAAAACUUUAACACAUUUUCUCUUGAUCAGAGAUGUAUGCUAAUCAUUGCAAGUUCUUAAAAAAAAUAUUUGUUCCAUAUUUUCUGUAAUAAAAUUAUAAAUUUAUUUAAUUAUCUGCAACUUAUACAGUGUUUAUACAUGAAUUUAACUUUCUGUAUUCUUUUGCAAUGUAAAAUAAUAAUAAUAUGCAUGUCCAACUCAUUAUUUAACUGUAAAUGUACCUUCUUCAUAUGGAUUUCAAAAUUAUUUUGUUGUGGUUAUUUAUUAAAGGAUUUUUGAAUUUUUUAUCUGAUUGAAGUUUUUGCAAAAUGUUUUCUAUUUAUAAAAAUUUGUAAUUAAAUUUCUACUCUUUCCUCCUUGUAUAUAGUCAAUUAAGUUGCAAUAUAUAUAAUUAUUAAUUUUAUUCUAAUAUAAAAUAUUAAUUUUCUGUGAUACAAAUUUAUUAUUCAGAGAACAUAUUGCAGGUAAAAACAGUUCUUUGAUGUAGUUAUAGAAACUGUUUAAUGACAUUUCUUAUAUGAUAAUGUAUGUGCAAUGCAAUCCUGUACUUCCUUUUCAUCUCUUGUAUUUAUUUUUUGUAUAUAAUAAAUGACUAAGAAUGUA